CGUCGUAGCUACCAUACGAGUCAGACGCAAUCUACGCAAAGCAGGUGUCCCGCCGGGACCGCCACCCCUGCCGCUCUUAGGGAAUACUCAUCAAGUUGACCCAGCCCGUCCAUGGAUCACGUUUGCUGAUUGGAAGGAUACAUACGGCGAUAUCGUGUAUUGUAGAAUGCUCGGUCGAGACAUAGUCGUUAUCAAUUCUGAAACGAUAGCCGAAGAUCUACUCGGGAAGCGCUCUCUCAAUUAUUCUGACAGAAUGAACAUGUCUAAAAUGCUUGAAACGUACGGUCAUACGUUUGAUACCGCCCUUUUGAACCACGAUGACACAUGGAGAGGCCACCGACGCGUUCUGCAGCAAUCUCUUCGUCCCGAGGCUGUAACAUCGUAUCAGCCCAUACAGCUCCGUUGCACCGCUAAGCUCUUGGAUAGUUUAGCAAAUUCGCCCGAGUCAUGGUGGAAACAUAUUCAACUAUUCUCGAGCUAUGAUAUUUUAGGGGUAAUCUAUGACCAUGACAUGCCACCAGAUCCAGAAAACGACGCUGUACAACAAGCCGCAAAUAUGGGAGUAGAAAUCGGUACUAUCAUCGCCUCCCCAGGCUUGAUCGCACUUGCUACCGCGUUCCCAUUCCUGAAAUAUACUCCCACGUGGUGUCCUGGAGGACGUUGGAUCAACGCGGCAAAUUCGCGAAAGCAUAUGAAGGAUUUUGUUGAUGUACCUUUCAACACGGUGAUGAAGAGAAUGGCAUGCGGCGAGGCAGGGACAUGCCUUGUAGCUGACGCUUUAGCAAAAUUCGGUAACACGGGUAAAGUUAGCAACGCUGAACAAGCUAUCAAAGACGCGUGCGCCACAGCAUACGGAGCCGGAGGGGAAACAACUGCAUCGACACUAACUGUAUUUACGCUAGCCAUGGUACUUUACCCGCAUGUUCAAGCGCGCGCCCAAGAGGAAAUAGCGGCAGUCGUGGGAAAUGAGCGUCUUCCUGACUUCAGCGAUAGAUCAGCUCUACCCUAUAUUGAAGCAGUUCUGCGCGAGACUUUAAGGUGGAGACCUGUUGUUCCGUUAGCGAUACCUCACGCUGCGACAAAUAAUGAUAUAUACAAUGGCUAUGUGAUUCCGAAGGGGGCUGUUAUUAUUCCUAACGUCUGGGCGAUGGCUCGCAACACAGAGAAGUAUCCAUCUCCGGAUACAUUUGACCCAGAUAGAUUCCUCGAUCCAAAUGGAAAACUCAAUGAGGAUACGCCUGAUUUUGCAUUUGGCUUCGGUCGUCGCAUCUGCCCUGGUCGCUAUCUGGCACUCGGAUCGGUGUGGGUUGCGAUGGCGCAAAUUCUGGCAUCGUUUUCGAUCGAGAAAGAGAAGGAUUCUGUGGGAAGCCUGAUCGAGCCGAAUCCGGGAUGGACGCAUGGUAUAACCUCCUUCCCCAGAUCAUUCCCAUGCAACUUCGUUGCUAGGAGAGAAUGAAUCCAUAUCUCAUGUGAGAUUAUUUUGUUUGAUAGCGAAGUGCAAGGAUAGCUGUAAAUGUGUCUUACUUCCCCCGCGAAUUGCACUCUGCGCACGCUUUCC